AUGGCCGGGCUGCCCCGCAGGAUUAUCGAGGAAACCCAGUGUUUGCUGGCAGAGCCAGUUCCCGGCAUUAAAGCAAAACCAGAUGAGAGCAAUGCCCGUUAUUUUCAUGUGGUCAUUGAUGGCCCUCAGGAUUCCCCCUUUGAGGGAGGGACUUUUGAACUUGAACUAUUCCUUCCAGAAGAAUACCCAAUGGCAGCCCCUAAAGUACGUUUCACGACCAAAAUUUAUCAUCCUAAUGCAGACAAGUUGGGAAGAAUAUGUUCAGAUAUUUUGAAAGAUAAGUGGUCCCCAGCACUGCAGAUCUGCACAGUUCUGCUAUCGAUCCAGGCUUUGUUAAGUGCUUCCAAUCCAGAUGAUCCAUUAGCAAAUGAUGUAGCGGAGCAGUGGAAGACCAAUGAAGUCCAAGCCAUAGAAACAGCUAGAGCAUGGACUAAGCUAUAUGCCAUGAAUAAUAUUUAAA